AGCAGCAGCAACAGAAGAAGAAGAACCAUAGCAACGAGUAAAUAUCCAUGGCGGUCACAACUGUAGUCAAGUGUGAUCCAGAGUUCUUCUAUUUAUUUCUCUUGCUUACUGUCGUUACUGUAAACACAACAGAGAGCGACUUUAAUACGACGGCGUUUGAUGCCUACAAUCUUAUUUAUAAUGUUACUGAGAGUUAUGCGCGUACACAGCCUCCAGCGUCCGAGAGCACGACCACAGCUCCGAGCUACAGCACCGAGAUGCCGAACCUACCGGCCGUGCCCCUGCCAGUCUCCGGGCACCUACCCACUCCUCUCACCAGUGCUGACAGGUUAUGUCCCUGCGAUGAGCAGAUGGAUGUGUGUGACAUCAACUGCUGUUGUGACAGAGUGUGUAGUGGGGAUGUGCCUCUGUUCACCAGUUGCUCUUAUCCCACUGUGAGUGGCAGCAAGCAGAUGUGCAGCCAUGAUGUGGCAUUGUAUUCUUUAAGGAGAGCAGCAGACGGUUAUUCAGAGCUGCAAUCAUCUGUUCAGAAGGAGACCAACUACGACAUCUUCUGCAUCCAGUCACAAAACCGAGUUGAUGGACUGUCAUAUCCCUCUCCCGCUCUGCCAACUGACAGCAACUUUGUGUCGCUCUUUAAACAAUUCACCAGCUAUAUUUUCGGUUUAGAGAAAGUUAAGCAGGCGUCCUCUGUAAACCUCCAGACCUCGGGCGGAUACCAGGUGAGCCUCUGUUUGAAAGGAGUCACUGCUUAUAGCUCAUGUAGUAUCACUUUCCUGAAGGAUCAAAGCAGUCGGUGCUCCCGUCACGUGGUCCUGGAUCAGGACUGCGGCCAUCUGCCAGCCCUCAGCAUGGAUAGCUACACUGACACCCAGCUGUUUAGUGAUAUGAGCACAGAUGCAGCAGUUGUUCCUGUGGUGGUGUCUUCAGUCAUCCUACAGUCUGCAGAUCACACUCAGACUGAGCUGAAGGUCACAGGUGGAGGAAACAUCAGUCCUGUUCUCAUCAACCCCACCCUCUGUGGUAAUGUGGUGCUGAAGGUUCUCUAUGUGAUAAAGUACAACCCACAGGGUAAGAUAGAAAAUGCAACGGUGUCUGUGGUGCUUGGAUUUGUAACUGAAGCUGUGCUGCAUUUGGAACAGGAGUUUCAGGUCACGUACAUCCAGGUAGUAUAUUCAAACAGACCUAUCUAUGUGUAAUGGUUUAUUUUUUUGGAACAAUCAGU